GCUUGGAAUCCAGGACUGUUUGUUAAAGAUGGGAGGGGUCACACAUGGAGUAGCUGUGUGGCCGCCUUGGGCACACAGGUCUGUCCACAGGUGCGUGUUGUGUGUGUGUGUUUACUGUGCAUCUGUGUGGUAACAUGUCUUCUUCGUGGCCUCUGGUUCCCAAAGGAAACUUCUACUUCCUGGAGGGCUCCAAUGAUGCCCUGCUCUGUGGGAAUAGCAGUGAUGCCGGGCACUGCCCCGAAGGUUAUGAAUGCAUAAAGGCUGGACGGAACCCUAACUAUGGCUACACCAGCUAUGACACCUUCAGUUGGGCUUUCCUAGCUCUCUUCCGCCUCAUGACGCAGGACUACUGGGAGAACCUUUUCCAGCUGACCCUUCGAGCCGCUGGCAAGACCUACAUGAUCUUCUUCGUGGUCAUCAUCUUCCUGGGUUCCUUCUACCUCAUCAAUCUGAUCCUGGCGGUGGUGGCCAUGGCCUAUGCGGAGCAGAAUGAAGCUACCUUGGCGGAGGACCAGGAGAAAGAGGAGGAGUUUCAACAGAUGCUUGAGAAAUUCAAAAAACAUCAGGAGGAAUUAGAAAAGGCUAAGGCUGCCCAGGCUCUGGAAGGUGGGGAGGCAGAUGGGGACCCAGUCCACAACAAAGACUGCAAUGGCAGCCUGGACACGUCCGGGGAGAAGGGACCCCCGAGGCCAAGCUGCAGCGCAGACAGCGCCAUCUCAGAUGCUAUGGAGGGUAAGUGCCCUGUGCCCCCAUCCCCUCCCACUCUGCCUAUGCUUCCCACCAAGCCUUGCAAGUCUCCUGAGGUGCAGGGUGGGGCCUGCUUGGACCCAGCUUCAGGAGGGCAGUAA